AUGUUUAUAUUUCAUAUCAUUUUUUCUAUAAUUUCUGUUUAUGCUGAUCAUCUAUUUGAGUCAGGAGAGGUCAGCCACUUCAACUAUGCUAGUAAUCCUAACUUAAUCUUAUACACUACUACUACAAAAUUUAGGCAAGAAGAACUAUUUAUACCAUUUGCAAAAUAAUUUUCUUCAGUACCAGAUGUGUACCUAAAUAUCAUGUUAAUGGAUUUUGAGCACACAUUUCCUUAAGGAUAUUCAUUAGAUAUAACUAGUAUUAGCACAAUGGGUAAUAUUUCCUCUUUAUUUUUUUUAAGGUUUUACAGUAAAGGUUGUUUGUGAGAGCACAGAGUAAUAUUAUGGAUUUCAUUUCAACUGGUUUGCAUUUAAUGAUGAAAGUGUCUAAGUUAUAAACAACUUGAAUAUCACUUAUCCAAACUCUUAAUAUACCCAUUCUUAUAAUAAAAAUUGUAAGAUAAAUGUGGCUCUUUCUAAUUUUGUUAGUUAUUAUGCUGUAGGUCCUUAAUUUAAUAAUUUAACAGUAUGUAAUUAUAUUAUUUAGGGAUUAUCAUUGACAUCUGAAAGUGUGACUAUAAGUUUUUACAAUGAGAACCUUAAACAAUUUGGAUAUUAAAUAUUAUUAAGUUCAUCUGAUUUUAUUUUAAUUGGCCCAACUAUUACGGACAUUUCACUAUAUGGUUCAAGUUAAAUUGUCAGUUUUCCAUCAGGGUGGGACACAUAAAAUUGUUAUCCUCAGCUUCUUGGAUUAAAACAUGAUGGCACUGCUUAAAACCUUAGGUUAUCUGGAAGUGUUACAUAUUCCCCUGGAGUAACUGUAGGAUUUUACCCUUGUAAUGAAUUAUUAAUAUUUUAGGGUUUACAUCUAUAAUUUAAUCACUCUAAUACAAUUAUUUUUGUAUUAAUGAUGCUUAUUUUGAUUUGGCAGUAUUUGGUGGCUUAGUAUAAACUAAAUUUUUUGAAACUAAACAUUAAAUAGAAACUCAUAUAGAAAUUUCUGAAAUAAACUAUUAUUAAAAUCAAAAUAUUGAAGAGGAAAUUACCAUUCAAAAUGGCAUUCAAUUUAUAUAAAUUAUAUAUUAUUGGAAAUGUUUAGGUUAUGAAUAAUUAAAGUUACAAUUAUUUUGUCCAGAAGUGUGGUGUUCUUCUAUUUAGGUCUAAUGUAAUAUUAAUAAAACUAAUACAAUAAGAUUAAAAGCAAAAUUUUCGUUUACAAUAAGUUCAUAAUAAUAUAUAAAUAUUAUUAAGACUUCCACAUCAUUCAUUGCAACCUAAAUUAUAAAAUAACAAAACCCAUUCUAAAAAGUAUUAUUUAAAGCUGAAAUGGUAUAAUGA